GCUGUCAGAAGGAUGAAUUCUCUCCUGGCUCUCUCUGUGCUGUUUGCUUGGCGCUUGUGCCCAGCCCAUGGGAGCCUCUUGCAGCUGCACAGCAUGAUCACGGAAGUGACAGGGAAAAAUGCUUUGCUGCACUACGCCUUCUAUGGCUGCUACUGCGGCCUGGGGGGCAAGGGGCAGCCCAAGGACGCCUCAGACAGGUGCUGCCAGCUGCACGAUACCUGCUACCUCAGCCUCCUGAACCACCACUGUGACGCCAAGAAGCAGAGCUACCGCUACAAGCGGCACCACGGCAGCCCCUCCUGCAGAAAGGACUCCUGGUGUGCUCAGCUCUCCUGUGAGUGCGACCGCAGCCUGGCAUUGUGCCUGAAGAGAAACGUCGGGAGCUACAGGAAACGCUACCAGAUCUACCCUAAUUACCUAUGCAAGUGAUAGGAGCCGGAAUCUGGAGCUCGCUGCACUCCUGCCUGUGCCGCUGUAAAUUUAAGUAAUGUGAAAAUAAACAAUGUGCUUAAACCACUCCGUCCUCUGAGAGUUGCUGCUGUUGGGGAGGUACAGAAAUCUCUGUGAAUAAUCAACAUCUUCCCAAAACUUUCCAAGAACUCGGUGCCUGCGUCACUCCGGGUUGCAGCCCACGGGACGAGGGGGGGUGGCCGGCGAGGGACGGGGCGUAGCACUCAAUGUUUUUGGGACAGAGGAGUCAUUUCGGGGUUUCCAGUUCGGAGCCCGCGGGCCGGACACGGAGGGCUCUCCCCGGGAGGACGGACUGACAGCGAGGAAGAUCCUCCGGCCCAGGUGAGAGGAAGAUGAAGGUCCUGCUGGUGCUGACAAUGCUGUUUGCCUGCAGUGUGUUCACAGCUCAUGGGAAGCACCCACGUACCUUCACACCAGGACUUGAGGGAAGAACUGUAGGAAAUCUGACUGCCCACGGAUGCUACUCAGGACGGGGCACCUCCAGGGCUUCAUUGGACCGGUGCUGCCUGCUCCGUGCCUGCUGCUAUGCCAGGCUGGCGGCUCGGCAGUGCCGCGUGGGACCCGUCCAGCCCCUCUCAGCACCCCAGGCAGGAAUCCCCACCUGCAGGUCAGGGACGUGGUGCCAGAGAAGCGCCUGCAGGUGUGAGCGGGCGGCCCGGCUGUGCCGGAUGCGUGCCCAGAGGCCGCUCCGGCGCCGCAUCAAGUGCCGGGGACGAGCCAGGAGGUGUUGAAGCAAAAAAUUCCCUUUGCAAAACCACCUCCGGACUGAUCCACGAAGGGACAGAGCCGGCAGCACUUCCCAGCCCUGGCGAGUCUCCUCCUCGGGGCAUUUUGGCUUUGGCACGAGGACAACAACCCUCCGGUGAAGCUGCGUCAGUGUCCGCUGGACCUGAGGAGGGGGAGCAGCACUGCAGCGAUGUUUCAGCACAGCGAAAAAGGGAGAGGUGGGACACCUGCCCCUCGGCCCUGUGAGGGGCACAGGGAACCAGCAGGAGCAUCGUCCCUCAGCUCUGGCUCCCCUGCAAGCCUGUCCACUCUCUCCGCUUCUUGCUUCACCUUCUGUUGCUCCAAAUAAAAACAGAGAGCCGAAAGCACUGGUCCUCAGUGUGCCGUGACUCGGCUGAGCCCAGCGACCACCCCUUGCGUCUCAGAC